GCGGGCGGGGGGAGCCGGGGAGGGGCCGGGCUGUGCACCUGCGCCGCUUCGGCCUCAGCCCCGGCCCGGCCCGGCCCCGGCCCAGCCAUGGCCAAGCCUCAGCGGACCCCGGCGCGGAGCCCCGACAGCAUCAUCGAGGUGAAGAGCAAAUUCGAUGCUGAGUUCCGGCGCUUCGCCCUACCCCGAGCCUCGGUGGGGGGUUUCCAGGAGUUCUCCAGGCUGCUUCGAGCCGUGCACCAGAUCCCAGGCCUGGACGUGCUGCUGGGCUACACCGAUGUGCACGGGGAUCUGCUGCCCCUCACCAACGAUGACAACCUGCAUCGGGCGCUCGCCAGCACACACCCGCCCCUCCGCCUGCUUGUGCAGAAGAGGGAAGCGGAUCCCACGGGCAUGGCAUUUACCUCCAACUCCCUGCAGCGCCGGAAGAAGGGGUUGCUCCUCCGCCCUGCAGCCCCUCACCGGACCCGCCCCCCACUACUCAUCAGCCUUCCCCAGGACUUCCGCCAGAUCUCCUCUGUCAUCGACGUGGACCUGCUGCCCGAGAGCCACCGGCGUGUGAAGCUGCAUAAGCAUGGCUCGGACCGGCCACUGGGCUUCUACAUCCGAGAUGGCGUCAGUGUCCGAGUGGCACCCCAGGGCCUGGAGAAGGUGCCUGGCAUCUUCAUCUCCCGCCUGGUCCGGGGUGGCCUGGCCGAGAGCACGGGGCUCCUGGCUGUUAGUGAUGAAAUCCUUGAGGUCAAUGGCAUCGAUGUGGCUGGCAAGUCACUGGACCAGGUGACAGACAUGAUGGUGGCCAACAGCCACAACCUCAUUGUCACGGUCAAGCCUGCCAACCAGCGCAACAACGUGGUUCGGGCUGGGGCAGGCCGCCCUCCAGGAGCUCAGCCUACUGCCCCCCUCCCUCCUGCAGAAGUUCCAGAGCCAGACAGUGAUGAGGACAGUGACCUGGUCAUUGAGAGCCAUAGGUUGCCUGACUCCCUCCCUCCCUGCCCUAAUGGGGUGCCUCUGACCCCUUCCCCACGGGACUUGCGCCCCAGUCGCUCGCUUCCUGGCUCUCGAGGAUCCUUACAGUCGCUGGACAGUCAGGAUGGGGCCAGCCCUGCCCGGGGGGGCAGUCUAAGAGAAGAUGGCAGCGGCAUCACUCUAUAGUCUGGGGCUGGCCAGCUGGACCCUGGGGGCCACUGUCCCCCUUCCACACAACUCUAGCCUCUGCUUGGGCUAAUGGACACCAGGGCCAAGAGGGGGGUUCCUGCCCUCGGGCCUACACAGUGGCUCUGCUGUCUCCUUCCUGGAGAGAAUUGUCUUCCCUGCCCCAUGCCUCUCCCUCUCGUUGGGCAGCCAGGUGGGGUGCUGCCUUUCCACGAGCCUAGGCAGUGCCUCUGCUCUCGUGCCCCUCCCUAUCUAUAAAACAUUAAAGCUUUUCUAGAAAACACUGGAACUUCUCUGCUGAGGGAAAGCACUCUGUAGGGCCUGGGUCACUUCCCUGCUGAGUCAGAAAGGCCACCACUGGUCGAGGCCCACAGGAGCUGGGCUUGGCACGUUCUUCCUUUCCACAGCUCAGGGAGAAAGGGAAGGAGGCAGGGUGCCUUGCAGCCUGCACCGUGCCAAGUAGAAGUGGGCAUCAUUCCUGCCAGCUCCUCUUGGGCCUCUGGGAGGGGCUCACCUUGGCCCGAGGGCUAAGAAAGGGGCCUGUGACUCCCUAAAGCUGUUCUCUGAGCAAGGGUCCCUGCAGCUGGCAAGGGGCCCGAGCUUUGGGUCUGGCAGAAAUAGCUGUUCUCCCAUCACCCCCCC